AUGGGAGCGUCGCAGGCGUAUAUUCAUCUGAGGCCCACAAAUAUGCUUGUUAAGCAUGGUCGGACGGGUGCUGCCGCCUCUGUGACAGGCGCAGCUGGCGGCGCAGGCUCGAACCAUAUGCUUCGCAUCCAUCUCGAGCGGUUUCCGAGCUUAAUCGGCCACAGCUCGAGCCGGAUCAAUCGACGGUACAACGAGGAUGGCUAUUCAAUGCGCGUUUUGAAGCUUCCUUCUGCAGCUGCCGAGCAGCAGUGCUUGAGCAGCCCCGAGAUUCGGCACAAACGGGAGCAUUGGCGCACAAAGUUGCCACUGGAGAGGUCGGUGCUCAACAUUUCGAUAUUCGACGGCCAUGGCGGGGGCCGUGUCUCGAAGCUGCUAGCGACGUGCUUGCACGAAUGGCUCGUGAAGACGUAUCCUAGCAAGCGGGAUUUGUUCUCUGUGUUGAAGGCGUAUCGCGACCGGGUGGGCGGUCGCUACUGGUCAACGAUAUACGCCCGGCGGGAGCUCUUCUAUGACCGUUUCAUCCGCAGCUGCAACACCAAGCAAGAGCAGGUUCUUCAGGGCGGUGCUGCGCCCGGGAAGAUUUUGGAUAGAUCGGGGAACAUCAUCGACAAGACGAGCUUGUUAACAGAGCUGGAGCGGUUGCGCAUAUACCUCACGUUCCUCAAGUACGAUCUCGAGCAGGUCAGUGGCUUCAAGGCCACGGAAAAUGACAUGGAGGUCACUGAGGCGGCCUACGCAGGGGGCUCGACGGCCACUAGCAUAUUCCUUACCACUUAUGACGGGGAACCCCACGAUGAGUCGUUCUUCGUUAGCCCGGAGAGCUUGCUCAAGCUCGUGGUGACCCAGGUGGGCGAUACGAAGGUUGUUUUGUGCGAUAAGAAUGGCAUUGCACAUAGCUUGGUCCGCGUCCACCAUCCGGACUCGCCCCGCGAAUCAGACAGGCUCAGCGGUAACUUCCAGACAGACUCCUUUGGCGACGUGCGAUUUCUCAACAACUUCGCCAACACGCGCGCCUUCGGCGACCGUGGCGGCAAGCGCGAGGGCCUUACUUGCGAACCCGACAUCUACUCGUAUCUCAUUGGCUCGACGAGGAGGUUACCGCGCUCCGAGCACUCCAAGUUGCCGUUUGGUGGUGACGAGUGCUUUCUUUGCCUCAUAACAGACGGCGUCUCAGACCUGAUGAGCGACCAGGAACUUGUCGACCUCAUCACGUCCACAGUCAACAACCGCGGCCUGAAAGUGGCCACGCCGCAGUAUUGCAGCGAUGAGGUUAUCCGCUAUAUCAUGGCUAUUGGCAGCAACACAGCCGACAACGCCACGUGCAUCGUGCUACGGCUCUCAAACUGGGGCAACUGGCCCGUGAUCGACCGGACCGGUGCCAUAAGAGAGGAGAAACUCAUGGCCUCGUCUUCUGGCAGCGAUAGAAAUAAUGUCUGA